AUGGCUUAUACAUCCAUCUCUACUCCACCAAGUGGUGUAGCUGUGCCUAUUGUGCUGAUAUUCGGGAUAUCUGUGUGGCUUCUUCGAAGACUGUGCAGCCCCUUGAGAAAAGUCCCAGGCCCUUUCUGGACUCGAUGGACUCGUCUGUGGUACCUCGACAAGAUCUGGAAAGGAGAUUUCCAAAGGACUAACAUUGACCUACAUAAGAAGUACGGCCCUAUCGUACGGAUCGCUCCCAAUGAGUGCAGUCUUGAUGGCCCUGACGCUAUCCGGGCCAUCUAUGGACACGGGACACACUAUGUCAAGGCUCCCUGGUACUUCGCGAGUUCACCUGUUGGAUCGGACAACGAUAAUUUAUUCACCGACUUCGACGUCCAACGGCAUGCUACGAACCGAAGAAAGGUUGCGUCUCUUUACUCGAUGACUAGCAUGCUGAAGUGGGAGCAUUGUGUAGAUGAAUCCACCAGAGCACUUCUUCGACAGUUUAGGGAAUUUGUACAGUCCCGUCAGCCGAUCAACCUCCAGCUUUGGCUCCAGUACUUCGCCUUUGACACCAUAUCACUCAUUACUCUAAACAAAUCUUUUGGCCUAGUCGAACAAGGCCGAGAUAACCAUGGGUUUCUCGAUGCCUUGCACGCCUACCUGAUCUACUGUGCCAAUGUUGGCGUCUACUCCGAGCUACAUCCAGUUUUGGGCCGCUUGGUCUCUCUAUUACCUUCCAAAGGAAUGUCAUGGAUGGUCGGCUUUGUUCGAGCUCAAGUCCGCGGUCGCAUAGAACAUAUCAAGCCGAAAGAGUAUGCCUCGGCAGAAGACAACGAUUUCUUGGGCACGAUUUUGCGCAUGCAUGGCCAAAACCCAGACAAGAUCAAGCUUGGAGAUGUUUAUGGCUUUCCUCUGACAAACAUUGGGGCGGGAUCUGACACGACCUCUGUCUCGCUUGUGGGUAUCAUAUACAAUUUGAUGAUCUGCCCGCAGAAGCUCCAACGGCUGCAGGACGAGAUUGAUCAAGCCGACAAAGCUGGACAGCUUUCUGAGCUCGUAACGUUCCAGGAAGCGCAGCGGCUGCCAUAUCUGCAGGCAUGUAUCAAAGAGGGCUUGCGCAUGCAUCCAGCGACAGGCCUGCCACUGGCAAGAGUCGUUCCCAAGGAGGGUGCCAACAUAAUGGGUACGUUCUUCCCAGGCGGUACCGUUGUCGGUGUGAACUCAUGGGUUGCGCACGCCAAUAUCGAGGUCUUCGGCCCUGAUGCCGAGUCAUUCAGGCCCGAGCGAUGGCUCGAAAGCACAGAGAAGACGUCCACAAUGGAACGGUCCUUCCUGGCUUUUGGCGCAGGCUCAAGAACCUGCAUUGGCAAGAACAUCAGCCUUAUGGAGAUCUCGAAGAUUGUGCCAGAACUGAUCAGACGAUUCAAUUUCACUCUGACAGAUCCGCACGCGGAAAUCAAGAUGGAGAAUGUUUGGUUUGUGAAGCAGAAGAACAUUCACUGUAGUGUCACUAGCCGCUAG